GGGACGGGGACGGGGACGGAGCGGGAAAUGGCGGCCAAGAAGUCGGGGUCGCGGUUGGAGACGGAGAUCGAGCGCUGCCGCAACGAGUGUCUGUGGGAGAGGAUCCCGGAGCUGAUCAAACAGCUCUCCGCCAAACUCCUGGCGAACGAUGACCUGCCUGAGCUGUUGCUGGGGGAGGCGAAGCUGGAACAUUACCUGAAGGAAAACCCCAUCAAGCCGGACUCCAGCCCCCAGGGGCCGCGCAUGAAGCUGAUCGAGGUGAAGAAACACUUGACGGCGGCUCUCGAUCGCGGCAAUUUAAAGCUUGAGUUCAUUCAGGAAGCCAACCUGAUCUUGGCCAAGUUUCACUACGUGGAGGGUGACUACAGUGAGGCCCUGAGCCUGUACAGUAAGGUGGUGCUGGACAACAUGCAGCUGAUGGCGGUGCCCGUCUACAGGCUCCGGAUCAUGGCCGAGGCUUACGCCACAAAAGGUUUGUGUCUGGAGAAGCUGUUGGAAGGGUCAUCACGAAGCACUGAGCAGCAGUUGGAGCAGGAACAAGAGAUCAUUGCGUGCUACGAGAAGGCUGGGGACAUUGCUCUGCUUUACUUACAGGAGACUGAGAGGGUGCUGAACACUAACAUCCAGAACAGGAGCCCGAAGCCAGGCUCGUCCUUCCAGGAACAGGAGCUGGGAUUCUUCCUGGAGACCGGGCUGCAGAGAGCGCACGUCAUUUACUUCAAAAACGGAAACUUGACCAGGGGAGUCGGGCGUUUCCGAGAGAUCCUGAGAGCGGUGGAGACCAGGACAACCCAGAACCUGCGGAUGACGAUCGCCCGGCAGCUGGCAGAGAUCCUGCUACGGGGAAUGUGUGAGCAGAGUUACUGGAACCCGCUGGAAGAUCCCCCCCAGCACUCCCCGCUGGAUGACCCUUCACAGCAAUGCUGCAACCUGAAGCCGCGAGCCAUCACCCGGAAGCCCAGAGUGUACAUGGGAGACAGCAUUUUCUGUCCUCAGGAAAAUACCGAGGAGGCGCUGUUACUGUUGCUCAUCAGCGAGUCCAUGGCUAACAGGGACGCAGUGCUGAGCAGAAUCCCGGAGCACAACAGCGACCGUCUGGUCAGCUUGCAAAGCGCUUCCAUCGUCUACGAUCUCCUGACCAUCGCCCUGGGCAGACGAGGGCAAUACGAAAUGCUGUCCGAGUGUUUGGAGCGAGCCAUGAAGUUUACAUUCGAGGAGUUUCAUCUCUGGUACCAGUUUGCAUUGUCGCUGAUGGCUGCUGGCAAGUCUACUCGAGCCGUCAGGGUGCUGAGAGAGUGCAUCAGGCUGAAACCAGACGAUCCCACGAUUCCACUCCUCGCUUCCAAGUUAUGCAUUGGACCUCUUCACUGGCUGGAGGAAGGGGAGCGAUUUGCUGAGAUGGUGACUGACAUGAGUGAGAAAGCGUCUGAGUUCCGAGCCAAGGGUUACCUGGCUGUGGGGCUGGCCUACAGCCUCCAAGCCACAGACGCAACGUUGAGAGGAGUUCAAGAAAGUUUACAGAAAAAGGCACUUGGAGCGUUUCAGAGGGCUCACAGUUUAUCUCCGACAGAUCACCUGGCUGCCUUCUAUCUGUCUCUGCAGCUUGCCAUAUCACGGCAGAUCCCCGAGGCGCUGGGCUACGUGCGUCAAGCUCUCCAGCUUCAGGGGGAUGAUGUUAACUCUCUACACCUCCUGGCAUUGCUGCUGUCAGCACAGAAACACUACCAUGAUGCCGUGAACAUCAUCGACAUGGCACUGAGCGAGUACCCGGAGAACUUCAUAUUGCUCUUUACGAAGGUGAAGCUGGAAUCGAUGUGCAGGGGCCCUGAUGAAGCACUUCUCACCUGUAAACACAUGCUGCAGAUCUGGAAAUCCUGCUACAACCUGACGAACCCCAGUGAUUCUGGCCGAGGAAGCAGCCUGUUGGAUAGAGUUAUAGCUGACCGACGGAACCUGAACACCAUCACCCUGCCCGACUUCAGUGACCCCGAGACAGGAUCCAUACACGCCACCUCAAUCGCAGCCUCCAGGGUGGAGCAGGCACUGUCGGAGGUGGCCUCCUCACUACAGAGCAGCAUGCCCAGACAGGGCCCUAUGCAUCCCUGGAUGACCCUCGCCCAGAUCUGGCUGCACGCAGCCGAGGUGUACAUUGGUAUCGGGAAGCCUGCGGAGGCCACGGCCUGUAUCCAGGAGGCUGCCAACCUCUUCCCCACCUCCCACAACGUGCUGUUCAUGCGCGGACAAGUGGCUGAACUCCGAGGAAACAUAGAGGAGGCCAAGCGCUGGUACGAGGAGGCUCUGUCCAUCAGCCCCACACACGUUAGGACCAUGCAGAGACUGGGGCUGGUGUUACACCAGCUGGGACGGUACAGCCUGGCCGAGAAGGUGCUACGGGACGCCGUGCAGGUCAACUCCACGGCACACGAGGUGUGGAACAACCUGGGCGAGGUCCUGCAAGCACAGGGCAACCACCACGCAGCCACGGAGUGCUUCCUCACCGCCCUGGAACUCGAGGCCAGCAGCCCCGUCGUCCCCUUCACCAUCAUCCCCAGGACACUGUGAGCCGGGCCGGGCCGGGCU